AUGUCAGUUCACGACCUCAAUCUAAAUUGUUUCGGUAAGAAGAAAGCAAUCACUAUGACCAAAGCUGAGAUGACACUUAAGAUCGGAAGACAAUUGUUAAACAAAUGGAUUUUCAUCAAACAAAAUGACGUCAACACCUGUUGCAUGAAUGAAAAACAAACAGAGCUUUUCCCUUCUUUCGUAACUAUUCUAGUUGCCUGA